AUGGCAUCCCAACACACCGUGCCUGUCCUCAAGGUCGACAUGCUCGCUCCGAGCUGUGACCGUUGCGGGAAGGACUUCAAGGCAAAGAGAAAGAGCUGCCACAACUGCGGUAUGCAUCCCUCGUCCAUCGGCUUCGCGAUGUGUGUUCAAGUGUGCAAGGACUGCAGCAGCUUCAAGACUCGCUUGCCUCAGUUCGGAUACGCCAAGUGGGUCUCUUUAAUGUACAAGAUGGAUGACGCAGCCUUGGCAAAGCUCAACAUCAAAACUCUGAAGCGGUACCUUGCCUCAUACAACAUCUCGACGCACGGCAUGCUAGAAAAGCAAGAGCUCAUUAAGGCCAUUCAGGAGAACCGACCAUUACCAGAGGCUUCAGAGGUGUAUUUCAGGAAGAACACGCCCGAUACAGCCGAAAAGUCCACCAGGAUUGAGGAAGAAAUCUACUCGACCUCAUCGCAUUUACCGCAGGGGUCAGGCGAAGAGCGUUUCUGGGAUUUGGACAAGUUCUUUGCAAAGCUCUUUGGUAACGACGACGCGCCACCAAGGCCUCCUCAACGACCAGAGCCAACUUCUACUUACGCUCAAAAGCCUCAGACAGCCCCUCGACCCCAGUCUUAUCAGCAACAACUUCAGUCCCAACCGCAGCCUCAAUCUCAACCAACUAAGCAAGGCCCGUUCAACUUUACACAGCAGCCCCAACCUCAGCCUUACCAGCAACAGCAGUAUGGUUAUCCACCGAUACCCACUCCGCAGCCAGGAGCAACACCUCAUCAAGCCAUGCCUACCCGGGGAACUCAUCCAUAUGCAUCUCCUACAGGAGCGGCCCCAACGUUCUUCCCAGCAGGAUCUCCUCCGCCAAACCAAGGAUAUUUUACAACUUACCCACCUGGAGCGGCUUCGGAGCAAGGAGGCUGUUCACCACUUAACGGACAUACUCAGUACCAACAACACCCAUUUGCCCAAGGAGCACAGGCAAAUUACCAGUCAACCAAUGUUCAAUACCAGGAAAACCAAACCUACAACCAGCAGACCUACCAACAAUGCCCUUCCCAGAAGGGGCAGCAGCAGCGCCCUUUUGCAUACUUCCAAGAAGGAGCCUCCUAUAACGAGACGCAAUCUCGACCUCAACCUCAGGCUCAACCUCAGGCCCAACAGCACCCGUACCAACAGCACCCGUACCAACAGCACCCGUACCAACAGCAAUACAACCAGAACCAACACUUUCACAACCAGCAGCAGCAGCAGCAGCAGCACUCGCAUUACACUCAGCAACCCCAACCUGCUCCAUACCCAGCAUCCAGUACAUUUAGUGGUUCAACGAGGCACACCCCCAAUAGCUCUUAUGGAUCCAACAAUUCGCCGAGCUCUCAGCCCAAGCCUCAAACGACUCCUUCACAAAAACCCACACCACAGGCAUCGCCACGACCAACACCUACCCCUCAGGCUGCCCCAAGACCAACGCCCACCCCUCAAGCGGUACCACGACCGACAUCCACUCCUCAGUCUACGCCUCAGCCAACUCAACCAACGAGUACAUCGCGGCCUGCUUCAUCAUUCACAGCUCCCGAGACCCCUCGACCGCAGGCAACGUCCAGACCCUCUCCAAGCACCUCAUCUCAAUCAAGGCCAGCCCCUCCAACACCAGAGCCACCUCAUCGUGGACCAAGAGCGCCCCAGGAUCGCAACGACUAUUCAGCCUUUGGCUCAGAAUCAGGAUCUACACCCUAUUCGUCUACUCACUCGCGCCAAGGCUCUACGGCUCCUGAAAGCUCUGAGAUACCACCAACACCAACACCAUCAUCCACCGCCUCCUCUCGUCCCCCACGACAGUCCAACCGAGGGCCACAGACAGAGCAUAGCGCCAGUUUGCUGACUAUCGAAGAAAUCGUAUCUGAAAACGUUGAACCGUCAACACUUUCGAUCAAGGUCAUCAAAUCCUUGUUGGACACCAACUUUGUCUCCUAUGUCGGAGUUGUUGAGAAGUCUGACCUGGUCGGUCAGCUACAGAAGCUCAUGAUUAGUACCAAGGCCGAACAGGUGCGUGUUUUUAAUGAGCAGGAGGCGGUCAGGAAGCAGAGCGAGCAGCAGGAACAGCAAAAACAACAACAGGAACAACAAAAACAGCAGCAGCAGCAAAAGGCAUCUUCGACUGGAUCUGCUACCAACGGCGGAAAGCAGUUUCCAACCACUGACGAUGAGCACCGCUGCAAGGUCUGCUUUGAGGCGUCCUUGAACUGUGUGAUGCUCAACUGUGGCCAUAUGUCCACCUGCAUGGAUUGUGGCAAAAAAAUCAUGGAAGGACCUCGUGUGUGCCCCAUUUGUCGCGAAUACGUCGUCAAGCUGCUUCACAUCUUCAGAGCAUAA